AAGGUAACUGGAUUAAUUGGUGGCUCAUUUGGGUUUUGCUUCUGGUUAGUGGGUUCAAAUUUUGAAAAAACGUGGGCCCAGCGGUUGAAAGUAAAAAUCAAUGUGACUUUUUACUUUUCUCCCGUGCAGGUGAGAGAAAGCGAAGAGGCGAUAUCGAUGUCGACGAGUCAGAGCCAGAUGGUGAUAUCGAUGUUCGGCGACGGUGAUAUCGAGAUUCAGAGCGAAGAGGCGAUAUCGAUGUCGAUGACGCAUAACGGAGAUUCGACGACGGUGGCAACACCCGAACCAGACGACGUAGCGGUGGCGAUAUCGAUGUCGACGAGUCAGAGUAAUCGUGGGAAGAGCAAAACGGGUGGUGAGUUGUGCAAAUAUGACCACUCAAACGCUUUUUAAAGAGGAUUGUAUAUGAUGUUUGGAUUUGUUAUUUGUCUGUGUAGAUCCCGUGAAUUCUGAGUUAGAAGACAACGGCCUUCCGGUGAGACUCUUCGCCACGGACCGGUACCCGUCUCAAGGCAGGUUGUCACGAAGAAGAAGUACGAGAUGUGGCCUGUGUUCAACUACCCUGAAAGUUCACUACCUAAGCAUUCUGGUCUAACGGAGGCGGCGGUAAGGAAGGCGGAACAUAACCCUGCGCUUGCAGUGAAGCCCAUGAUGUUGCUACUGGUAAGCACGAAGAUAGGUGGGCCUUGUGGGACGAUGAGAACUACGACAAGUGAGUCAAUUCUAUGUUGGAGCUAAUUGAAGGGGGGCAUGUGUUUACGAAUGCGGAGUGGUUGGGAGGCGAUGCUGGGGACCCAUUGUUUGUGUACGGCGCGAAGGCUCGGAUUACGAAAAGUGAAAAACAAGUGGAUAGCGACGAGGGAGCGCCUACCAAGCAAAGGCGUGUGGCUGACCAUAGCACUCGCUUUGUGCCCGUGGGCACAUAUGGCGAUAAGUUAAAGCUUUUGGAGGGACGUGUCGAUGAGAUGGUGGCGAAGGUUGCUAUCAUGCGCGAGGUCUGUAAGAAACAUGAGGACUUAAUUAAUGGUCUGAAGUUGUCGUUAGAGGGGAGGGACAAUCAGAAAACACAAAGGAGUACUAAGAAACCGCAUAGGAGUACACGUAAUAAACGUAGAGGCGAGGGAUUGGAAAUCUGUGGAACCUCAUUGCACUGGGUGAGGCCCAACGCGAUGUCCAUGUCGAAGAGGCAAGUAUGGAAGUGUGUCAAUUGCGGGCCAGUGGCGGUGAAGUUCUUGGAGAUGCAUGCGACAGGGAAUCGUAGGCCAACCAUGUCAGGAAGCACUAUGCGAUGGAUAUCUACAAGGGAGUGGUGCUUCCUCUAUAUCUUAAUAGGUAGAACCGAUUGUAGCUCGCAGUGGUGGCUCUCCAUUUUUUUUUGAAAACCUAUCGUGUUGGCCAAUUGCACUGUGUUUUUUAUGUAAGGAUUCUAGGUGUUUGGGUUGUUUAGAACAAAACAUUAUGAGGUGUUUGUUUUUUUGUGACAUUGACAUCUUUUUUUGGUUAUAAUCGUGUUAACGUAAUGCCUUGCCUGUUAUAAUCAUUUUAGCGUAA